CGAAACUUAAUUUUGGCCUGGUUGCAAAACAGGAUGAGCAUGGCUGCUGCUGAGGAUCACAUCCAGGACCUCUGUGAGGAGGCUCUGUGCACCAUCUGCCUGGAGUAUUUGCAAAACCCUGUGACCAUUGAAUGUGGGCACAAUUUCUGCCACGACUGCCUGACCCAGUUCUGGAGGCAGUUGGAGGUUGAGGCCACCUGCCCUCAAUGCAGAGUAGCCAUCCAGCAAAGGAAUGUCAUCCCCAAUUGGCAGCUGGCUAGGUUUGUAGACAUCACCCAGAAACUCAGCCACCAAACGAGGAAGAAGAAGGGAGACCCCAAGGGAGAUUGUGAGAAGCACCAGGAGCCCCUGAAGCUCUUCUGCAAGGAGGAUGAGACCCCCAUCUGCGUGGUGUGCGACAGGUCCAAGGAGCACCGAGAUCACCUGGUGGUCCCUGUGGAGGAGGCUGCCGAGGAGUACAAGGAUUUAAUCAAUAGUUCUCUGGAGGUUCUGAAGAAAGAAAAGGGAAAACUUCUAACAUACAAAUCAGAAACAGAAAAAGAAAGCCAGGACUUAUUGAAACAAACAGAAGCAGAGAUGGAAAAGACAGUGGCUGAAUUUAGACUAUUACGUCAGUUUCUGGAAGAGCAAGAACAGCUUCUGCUGUCCCGGAUGGACGAGGUGAAGAAGGAAGUUUCAAAUAAAAGAGACAAGUAUCUAGCCAGGCUAUCUGAGGAACUCUUCUCUCUUGAAGGUCUUAUCCAGGAAAUGGAGGAGAAGAAGCAACAGUUGGCAAGUGAACUCCUGCAGGAUGUGAAAACUGCCUUGCAGAGAAGUGAGGAGAAUGUGCCAUUUGAGAAUCCAUUGGCUUUUCCUCCAGAACUGAGGUGGAAGUUCUGGGACAUUUGUGACAUAAAUCCUUUUCUAGUUGCUGUUAUGAAGCAGUUCAAAGAUGCUCUACUACCUGGACUACAGCUGCAGAAAGCAAAUGUAACUCUGGAUCCAGACACAGCUCAUCGCAUACUAAUCCUAUCUGGGGAUAAGAAAAGUGUAACAUGUGUAGACCAAUAUCAAGACCUGCCCGACAAUGUGGAGAGGUUCACCAAACAAAGUUGUGUGCUGGGAUGUGAGAAAUUCACUACAGGCAGACAUUUCUGGGAAAUCAGUGUGGGAAGGGAGGAACAAUGGCUUGCAGGGGUCUCUAGAAAGUCUGUGAAGAGAAAGGGCAAUAUUGUCUAUGCUCCUGAGGGAGGGAUCUGGGCUGUAGGGAUGUGGAGUGGUGGAUACAGGGCUACCAAUCAUCCUCUUCAUCCUGAUUUGUUUCCAAAUUGGAAUCCUGAGAAAAUCCGAGUAUCUCUAAACUGUCCUGGGGGGCAGGUGGCCUUCUAUGAUGCUGAUACAGGAGGCCAUCUCUACACAUUCUCUGGAGCCUCCUUCAUGGGAGAGACCCUUCUUCCUUUCUUUAAUGUGCAGGGAGACGGGCACCUGCUAAUUUCUGCAGCCCGGCUUGGAAAUUUGGGUAGGCUGAGAGAAUGUGACCUGAAGCUGAGAGUGAUUCUGAGAGAGUGUGACCUGAAGAUGAGAGAAUGUGAGGCUCAGAGAGAAGGCAACGGAGAAUCACAGGCAAGGCAGAGGAGAGGGGGACCCCCGGGGGUCCCAUGGAGGCCAAUGCUGUGCCUGGAUCGCUGCAUCCAUCCAUGGCAGAGAGCAGGGGGACCCUCGGAGGAGCAGGCUGUUCCUCCAGCCCAUCACAAUUUGUGGCGAGUGCUUCAUUUCCUAGAAGGGAAACGCCCAGAAAUCAAAGCUUUGUCCUGUUUGCAAGACAGCAAGAGCAUGGCUGCUGCUGAAGAUCACUUCCAGGACCUCUGCACGGAGGCUCUGUGCACCAUCUGCCUGGAGUAUUUGCAAAGCCCUGUGACCAUUGAAUGUGGGCACAAUUUCUGCCACGACUGCCUGACCCAGUUCUGGAGGCAAUUGGAGGACAGGGCCACCUGCCCUCAAUGCAGAGUAGCCAUCCAGCAAAGGAAUGUCAUCCCCAAUUGGCAGCUGGCUAGGUUUGUAGAAAUCACCCAGAAACUCAGCUGCCAAGUAAAGAAGAGGAAGAGAGACCCCAAGGGAGAUUGUGAGAAGCACCAGGAGCCCCUGAAGCUCUUCUGCAAGGAGGAUGAGACCCCCAUCUGCGUGGUGUGCGACAGGUCCAAGGAGCACCGAGAUCACCUGGUGGUCCCUGUGGAGGAGGCUGCCGAGGAGUACAAGGAUUUGAUCUGUAGUUCUGUGGAUGUUCUGAAGAAAAAAAGAGAAAAACUUCUGAGUUACAAAUCAGAAGCAGAAAAAGAAAGCCAAGAUUUAUUGAAACAAACAGAAGCAGAGAUGGAAAAGACAGUGGCUGAAUUUAGACAAUUACGUCAGUUUCUGGAAGACAAAGAAAAGUUUCUGCUGUCCCGGAUGGAAGAGGUGAAAAAAGAAGUUUCAAAUAAAAGAGAUGAAUAUCUGGCCAGGCUAUCUGGGGAACUCUCUUCUCUUGAAAGUCUUAUCCAGGAAAUGGAGGAGAAGAAGCAACAGCCGGCAAGUGAACUCCUGCAGGAUGUGAAAACUAUAUUGCGGAGGAGUGAGGAGAAGGUGCCAUUUGAGAAUCCACUGGCUUUUUCUGUAGAACUGAGGUGGAAACUCUGGGACAUUUGUGAUAUAAAUCCUCUUUUAGUUAGUGUUAUGAAACAAUUCAAAGAUACUCUGAUACCUGGACUACAGCUGCAGAAAGCAAAUGUAACUCUGGAUCCAGACACAGCUCAUUCCAAACUGAUCCUGUCUGGGGAUAUGAAAAGUGUAACAUGUGGAGACCAAUAUCAAGACCUGCCUGAUCAUCUGGAGAGGUUCAGCAAACAUGUUUGUGUGCUGGGAUGUGAGGAAUUCACUGCAGGCAGACAUUUCUGGGAGAUCAGUGUGGGAAGGGAGCAACACUGGCUUGCAGGGGUCUCUAGAAAGUCGGUGAAGAGAAAGGGUGACAUUGCCUAUGGUCCUGAGGGGGGGAUCUGGGCUAUAGGGAAGUGGGGAGGUGAGUACAAGGCUAGCAACCAUCCUUACUACCCCCCUGUGUCUUCAAACAGAGAACCCGAGAAGAUCCGAGUGUCUCUGAACUGUUCUGGGGGGCAGGUGGCCUUUUAUGAUGCUGACACCGGAGACCAUCUCUACACUUUCUCUGGAGCCUCAUUCAUGGGAAAGACCCUUCUUCCUUUCUUUAGUGUGCAGGGAAAAGGGCACCUGCUAAUUUGUCCUUAAGGCAGCUAAACAAGCAGACCACAAAGCCACUGAAUCCUGCAAGAUAGAUUAAUGCUUUCAAGAUAGAUUAAUGCUUUAUGUCUGAUAAGGGCCCAAAGGGGUACUUUAGUGGUAAAGUUGGGGUUUCUUUAUUCAUUCAUCUAGGUACAUAACAGAUUGAAAACCUCCAUGGCACCUGUGGGGUGCCAGGAGGUCAUUUUAUUCCGCAUGCUAUUUAAUUGUGUGUGAAGGCACUGGGUGAAAUCAUUAGGGGUUUGGGGAUUAGAUGCCAUCAGUAUGCUAAAGAGACUCAGUUCUUCUUCUCUUGGUCAUUGGAGUCAGUUGGGGCUUUGCAGAUGCUGGACCAGUCUCUGGAUGCUAUCAUGGACUAGAUGUGGGCCAAUAUAUUGAAGCUGAACCUCAGUAAAGCAGAUGUUGUGUCUGGUUUGCUGGUUUUCACAUCUGGCAAUUGGGUAAAUAGCCUGUCUUGAAGGCUGUGGCUCCCCAUUGAAGGAAUGGCUUAGGAAAAUGCAUGGAUCUCUUACUGAAGGCCCAAGUGGAUCCCAUGGCCCAGAGUCUGCUUUGACUGGUCCAGCAGCUGUGGCCUUUCCAGGAUAGGAACACCUGGCCACAGUACAAAUGUAGUGGUGGCAGGUGGCAAGAGAUAUACAAUAUACAGUUGUUUCAAUUGCAUAUUCUUAGACUUUAUGACAGACUAAUGUGGAAAAAAAGAUGGAAGAAAAUUUCCUGUUUGUAGGUCUGUUUGUUGCUCCAGUUCUUGCAUGUUGUUUUUCCUUCUCAAAGCAGUGAAACAAUGAUUCCUGGGGUUUCUGCCUUUCCCAUUUUGAGACAACUUGCUAGCUCCUGCAUCCUAACACUUGCAAUAUUGAUGAACAUGCCAUUGUUGACUGUUAACACUGAUGCCCUUAUGUGUAGCUCUUUUGAGAAUGAAAACGUGGGAAAGCUGGAAAUGAAUGUGCAUGCUCUGCAAUGGUUAAACUCAUCUUUAAGUGAGGUUGUAAAGUUUCUGCUCUAAUCAAUAAAGUUGUUCCUGUUUGCUCAUGAA